GACUUGCUUGGAUUAUUAGUUUUUGUGUCAGAUUUAAAAUUUACUACCCUCUUGUAACCUUAGCAGACAAAACAGUCCCAUUGACUUCUAUUAUAACUACAUUUUUUGCUCGCUCAGCCAUGGCACAAAAAAGUCAUUCAUUCUGCAAUAUAAGGGUUUAAUUUAUGAGAACAAAAUCUUUAGUGUUUAACACUAAAAUCAGCUAUUUACCCAUUAUCGGGCCAAUGCAUAAUAUGUUUAUCAUUUAAUUCGUUUUUGUGCUUGUGCUAUUGAGCUUAUCGCUGAAAUUGUUUGAAAUUCUGCAUUAAGUAACAGUUCAAACUGAGCCUCCUUGUGUUGUUUAGUUCCGCAGGAUUAUUGGAGACUUUGGGGUGCCGAUUGCAAUCCUCAUCAUGGUUCUGGUGGAUUACAGCAUAAACGACACCUACACACAGAAACUGAGUGUUCCCAGAGGAUUCUCCGUGACGAGUCCUCAAAAACGUGGCUGGAUCAUCAGUCCUCUUGGUACCAAAGGCGACUUCCCCAUCUGGAUGAUGUUUGCCUGCUGCUUGCCCGCUCUGCUGGUUUUCAUCCUCAUUUUCAUGGAGACCCAGAUCACCACCCUGAUCGUCAGUAAGAAGGAGCGGAUGUUGGUGAAGGGCUCCGGUUUCCAUCUGGACCUGCUCCUGAUCGUGGUGCUGGGUGGUAGCUCAGCUCUGUUCGGCCUGCCGUGGAUGGCUGCUGCGACCGUUCGCUCCGUGACACACGUCAACGCUCUCACCGUGAUGAGCAAGGCCGUCGCCCCCGGAGACAAGCCCCGGAUCCAGGAGGUGAAGGAGCAGAGAGUCACGGGGCUCCUGGUGGCAGUCAUGGUUGGCCUGUCUAUUGUGAUAGGGGACCUUCUGCGUCAGAUCCCCCUGGCCGUUCUGUUUGGUAUCUUCCUCUACAUGGGUGUAAUGUCACUAAAUGGCAUCCAGCUGACGGAGCGGAUGAUGCUGCUACUCAUGCCACCAAAGUACCACCCGGACCACACCUACGUGCGCAAGGUCCGUACGUUGCGCAUGCAUCUGUUCACCUGCAUCCAGGUGGUGUGUUUGGGGGUCCUGUGGGCCGUCAUGUCGACCCAGGCGUCUCUGGCUUUCCCCUUCGUCCUCAUCCUCACCGUCCCGGUCAAGAUGUUCCUACUGCGACGCAUCUUCUCUGUCAGAGAGAUGGCAUGUCUGGAUGCCGAUGAUGCAGAGCCGAAGUUUGACGAGCGCGACUGUCACGACGAGUACUCGGAGAUGCACAUGCCUGUGUAACCCACAACACGCCCUCAUUUAACCACUUAACUCCUCUUAUUGGACACAAAAUCUGUCAGUCACGACCAAUGAGAGCGAGUUCUGUGACGGAUUACUUCGAAUGUGCAUCAGUCACCGGAAAAUCUCUGUUCACGUAGCACAGCAGUCAAAGAAUGAACGGGGGAUCAAACAUUUGUUUGCGUUUGUCCACUUUUUUUUUUUUUGUUAAAACAUGUAUUUCAGGGGACAAGAGAUACCAAAUCAAAUGAUGUGAUCUCGAGCUCAAAAUUAAACGCGAUAACGGUAGAUAGAUUUGCAAGACUGAUUCAUUUUUAGCCCUGAAAGUUUGCUCUGAUUCACAUUGAAUAGGUGGAGGAUAUAUAGGAUACAUUCCUUUAUAUUAACAGGCUGAGUUAUUGCUAUUCACAUUUGUCUCUUCUUUUCGUAUUUUAAGUUCACUAAGCGCCUUAUGAAGGAAUCAAAGUAUACUGAAUUUUUAUUUUCUUCAUUCUGUCUUAUUUUAGACAGCAGAUCACUUUACCUGAAACUCGAUGCUCGUAGCACUUUUAAAAGAUACCAAAUCUGAACAAUAUCUGUAUUUUAUGUAAUCAUUUUAUCCUCUUAGUGUAUCUUCUUAAAUAUCAGUGUUGCUGUAGUUUGCUUCUUUAAUCAUGUGUGAUUAAUCGGUCUGUCGGUCUUUAACCUUUUAUUUGUUGUGCUCAGUUUAGAUGAUAGUUGGGAUUUUAUUUAAAAUACUGUACCUUCAGUGAAUUGAGAUCGCCACCAGAGGGAGAUCUUGCAGGACUGUCAUAAAGAAGAACCAAAAACAAACAGUAUACACAAAUGCAAUUUCGUAUUACACUAAUGCCAUUUAAUCAUAUUUUUUUUCUGGAAAAUCACUUGGUGGCAUAAUAAAUGUACUCUAAAUGUCUCCACACACAUGUUUAGGGCACUGUAGUACUAUGUUAGUUCGUUCUGAGGUGUCUCACUUGGUGUGGGUGUGGUUCAUGGGAAUUGCUGUAAUUUAUUAGUUUCCUUAUCCAAGUGCCAAAUGUCUUGUGUAAAUAUUUGCAUGAUCAGAACAAUAAGCUGCAGUUGAGUCAUCUCACUUCUCCUAACAGUGCUGGUUUCAGCCUAAAUUGACGCAUUUUUGUUCCUCAUUUUAUAUAUAUAUCUAUUUUAUUUUUUUUUUAGACUUUCACUAAUUGUUUAGAUAUUUCACUCAUGUCUUCUUGGUCGACCAAAUUUCCACACAAGCCGUGUAGACAAUCUCAAUAUUCAUUCACUGCUGAGAUGGAAGGCUUUUAAAAAGUUUUUUUUGUUUGUUUGUUUUUAUGUCAUGUUGCAUCAGUGCGACAUGGGUUGGUUAAAGCUUUGACUGUGUCAAAUAACUUAAACUUUUGGUCCUCUGUUACUCUCACAUGCGUAUUUCUGACACUAAUUUCCCUCGGCCCGACUGUCGUCGUGAUCUUGUGCCUGUUUGGUGUCACACAAAAUCUCAAGUGCCUGUGUGAACAUGAUGUGAUUGGUGUCUUCUGUGUUUUUAAAGAUGGCGCACGUUACAAUAGUUUGCACUGUUAAGACACUCAUAAAUUAAACAUCUCCAUCAUUUAUAUGUUGCAAUACGUGGCAUAAUUUCUGUAUUUUUUUUUUGAGUACAUCACAGAUUUUAAUUUUUUUUAUAGUGUACACCUCCACCCACACCCACACACACACUUGGCUGCACCAUGGCCGUGACAAUGAAGGAUAUUUAUAAGAAAUGGGAGGUGGAGUACAGUGUCAGUUUUGUGUCUGCUUAUUGUGCCUGUGAAUGUGGAGUGAAGGUUGUUUGUGUUUGUCCAAAUAUCUGUCAAAGUCGCAAAAUGCUGAUUGUGUGGAUCCAUUUCAAAAGCAAUACAAAGUCCAAGGGGCUAAUAAUUGCUGGUGUUCCCUUGUACAUUAAUGGUUCAAAUAUUGAUGACAAAUAAAAGUUAUUUUCUAUUGA